AUGGCAACAGAAGCUGAAAGAGUGGUGGUGAUCCUGGAUGCAUCAAGGGAACUAGGUCUAAGCACAAUCAAAUGGGCCCUGCUAGGCUUACCACUUAAGCCUGGAGACAAGCUUAUACUUCUUGGAAUUCUUCACCAGGUUAAUAAUCCUAGUACGUUAUCUUUCAUGGGAGCUGGAAAACUCAUGGGGUAUAGGAUCAAGGUUGAUCCUAGUUCCAUGUUUGGAACAAACAGAAAGAUCAUUGCAGAAGAAAUGGAAAGAAAGAUAGAAGAGUACAAAAAGCAUGCUGAGAUAGUGAAAAUAUCCGAACGAUGCAAAAAGGGGCAGAUAGAAUUCCGGAUAGAGAUGCGAGCAGGUUCUCCUUUAAAGGCAGUUGCUUCAAAAGCUGCCAAAAGACUUCAUGCAACAUGGAUAGUACUUGACAGGCGCUUGAAGAAUGAUCGGAGAUACUUUUUAGAGAACCUAUCAUGUAAUAUAGUGAGGAUGAAGAAAGAUAACAAUGUUGAAGAGUUAAGAGGACCAAAUGUUAGGGAUAACUAUAAAGCACCUGCUGCAAGGAAAAGUAACGUAACAUAUGCUGAAAUGAUUCCCGCAACUAGCCCCUGCAAAGUACAGACUCCUCGAAGUAAGGUUGAGAACACCAGCUUAGUGAAAGAACAAGGAGGUGAAGGUAGUGGAGAGCAUCCAUGGCUUUAUAGUAGGAAAUCCACCUCAUAUUCAGCUUCAACUUCAAGUCGUGGAAGUAAUAGAGCAUCAACUUCAGGUUAUAAUGAGUCAAAGUCUCCUUCCUCACAUCUUCAUGAUGAAGAAUACACUACAACUACAGGACCGGAAACAGGAGGAGAGCAUUCCCCAUUAUCCAUCAUUGAAAGUGGAGACCAGAAAGACUUAUAUAGUCCAGAUGAAAAUGAAAAGCAACAUAACCACAAUGAUGAUUGGAUGGGGAGAAAUCCAGGGGAUCAGGUAUUCAAAAAUUCAAUUUGCUUAAUAUGCCAGAAUAGAAGACCAAAGAUAGGGUGGAUGAGAGACUUCACUUAUGCAGAGCUCCAAGCUGCUACAGAUGGGUUCCAUGCAAGGAACUUCCUAUCAGAAGGUGGAUUUGGUUCUGUCUAUAAGGGAGUGAUAAAUGGGUUGAAGAUUGCUGUAAAGCAACAUAAAUAUAAUGCAAGCCUCCAAGGAGAGAAAGAAUUCAAGUCUGAAGUUCAAGUGCUUCGGAAAGCUAGACAUGAGAACCUGGUCAUGCUUGUUGGGUCUUGCUCUGAAGGAAACCACAGGCUACUCGUAUAUGAAUUUGUCUGCAAUGGUUCACUGGACCUUCAUUUAUCAAAGCACACGAGAAGACCUCUUACUUUGGAAAAGAGAGUGAAGAUAGCGCUGGGAGCUGCUAGGGGCUUAAAAUAUUUGCACGACAACAAUAUCGUCCACAGAGACAUGAGGCCAAACAACAUCCUUGUAACACAUGAUUUUGAACCCCUGCUAGGAGAUUUUGGCUUGGCAAAAACUCAACAAGAAGACUCGGAUCAGUCAUCGGAGACAGUAACAAGAGUUGUUGGAACUCUAGGAUACUUGGCACCAGAAUACGCAGAAUGCGGCAAAGUGUCAACCAAGACAGAUGUUUAUUCCUUUGGGGUGGUCCUGUUACAGCUGAUCACUGGAAUGAAGACGACAGACAAAAGACUUGGAGGGAAAAGUCUUGUUGGAUGGGCAAGACCACUACUGAAAGACCGGAACUACCCGGAUUUGAUUGACCCCAGGAUUCUGGAGUCACAUGAUGUCCAUCAACUCUUUUGGAUGGUUCGAGUAGCUGAAAAGUGUCUCAGCAAGGAUCCUCAGAAGAGAUUAUCAAUGGAUAAGGUGGUCUAUGCUUUAAACUACAUAAUGGACUGUGACAGCGUAUGUGGCUUCAGAGACUUCUCACCUGCAGAAUCAGAUAAAGUGAGCAGAGACUCUUGUGAGUCACAGUCACCAUCUCCCUGUGAUGAUGAUUCAACCUUUACAAUAGAAAUUACCAGCCCGAGUCAUUUUAGUGGAAGACUUCCACCAUCACCUUCCAUUUCAAGAAAAUCAAGUGCAUCCACCCUUUAUGGUGAAUAAGCAUCAGGCAGUAGGAGUAGUCCUGAAAGAUAUUUCUGAUGAGGCGAUUUUUCACCUUUCAAAAAAAUAUGAGGCGAUUUUGUUUUCAUUUUACCAUGACCAAAUCUUGAUGGUUAAUGCUUGUUAAUUAUCUUUUUGUUCAUCCGUUUCUCUUGAAAAGGAUUUCUGGAGGAAUUCUUUGAAGGGAGUUGUA